AUGACAAAGUUUGAUGUCAGUUUUCUUUUCAUAUUCUUCCAAAAAUCUGAAAAUUUAGCCUAAAAAUCUACUGGGGAUCAUUAUUCUGAUAUGCGUUAUUCAAAGUAAGCCUGAUCGAAAUAUAAUUAGUAUUGUUAAUUUCAGCAUCUUACGAGGAUUGUCUGACUGGCUGGUUUGCAAAAAAAGAUUAUUGCCUGAAAGUAAGAAGUUUCCACAAAAAUGGAUCAGUUUUUGAGGACUUCAUGAAAAUUUUCAGUUAUCACCAAAACCAGAGCGGCGAAAUCUGGCCAUGCUGAAAUGUAGAAAGGAAGGCGGAGAGCUGGCUGGAUGGCCUGAAAUUAAUCUCAAUAGUUUGUGAUUUUUUUAUAUUUUUCGGAAAAAGUUCUAGAAAAAAAGAAAAGAUUUCAAUUUCAGUCAGCGAAAAAAAUGUCAAAUUUUUCUUGAAUUGGAUAUUUUUUUCUGCGCUUUUUUCACUUAUCCAGUUGAGCCCACCUCUCGCCAGCUUGUCAAGAAUUUUUCCGAACCACAGAAUCCUUCCUUUCGAUGCGCAGGGUCGACAUAUGUGCAUGCGCCUUUAAUAUAACGAAAUUUUGAGCCGAAUUUAAAGGCGCAUGCAUAGAGACAGGUCGUUUAUGCGUAUAUUUAUGCAUCCGCCUUCAGCUUGUCACGAAUUAUAUAUAUUUUUUUCCAAUCUGCAUAACCCUUCCUUUCGAUGCGCGUGGCCCGUCAGUGUGCAUGCGCCUUUCACAUACCGGCCAUUUCUAGGCUAAUUUAAAGGCGCAUACACAGAGACAGGCUGCGCGCAUUGAAGGGAAGCGUGCUGUAGCUCAGAAAAAAAAUUGUCAAAAUGAGCCACAAAAGAUUUAAUUAUUCUCAGGCAUCAGUCGUUAUUUCACGGAAGCUUGGAUCGGCCUGUACAGAGAGGAUGACGUGAUGUUUUCGAGUUAAAUUUCGAAAAUUUUUGAAUUUUUCCUCUUUUAGUUCAAACAAGUUAGGCUGCAAAUGGGAUUCUGAAACUUCCAAUUCCACCGCAUUUUUGGAUUGUCCAUCGGAUCGUGCUUUUCAUUGUUAUGCGGUGAUUGAAUCGAUUUUUUUCAAAGAUAAAAGUAUUUUCCAGGUGAACGGGACUGGAAUAUUGAAUAGUAAGAACUGUACCACCCUGCUUCCAUAUUUUUGCAGCUACAAGCCAGGUUAAUUUGAAAUAUUGAAUUUUGUGAAAAAAAAAAGAAAUUAUAUUUUCAGCAGCGGUCUCAUCUGGAGGAAUCGUGAGUGAUUUCGACAAUUUUUGUGGAAAAAAGAGCUUCGGAAAAGAAAAUUUAGAACUGCGACAGUGAUAUCGAAAUCACUACGGUGGAAAAAAUGGAGCUUCUCAAUUGCGAGACUAUUUAUGGAUCUUUGAUCAUACGUAAUGUUGAAGGUAAUCAAGCAUUAUUCUCGGGCAAAGUCGGAAUGGUGUAUAAUGGCUGCUAAAAGGGAGAGGCUCAAAAAAGGCCGCAGACAGGCAGCAAAAAGGCAGCGAACGGCAGCAAAAAGGCAGCGAAAGGCAGCAAAGAGACUCCCUUUCUCGAGCCUUCCAUUUUUCUGGGAUUUUAAAGGCUCGAGAAAUGGUGGAGAAAGGGAGAGGCAGCAAAAAUGGUGCAUAAGGGCGGAGAAAAUGGAGCAAAAAAGCAGCAAAAAGAGAGCCUUCAUCACCCUAAAAGGAACAUUUCUAUGGUACUUUAUGGACCCUCGGAGGGUCCUUCCGACUUUGCCUAUGUUUGGAAAUCGGGCUUGAAGGUCGUCAUUACGCGGUUUAUCUUUGUUGAGAUUUUUUCCUAAAACCACUUGAACUUUCAAUUUUGCGUUUUUCGCUAAAUCAUGAUAAACAGAAAACACGCAGAAUUGAAAAUCGCAGAAAUAACUUUGAAUAGGUUUCAACGCCAUGACUUCACUAACACUAAGAAUAACUGACGAGAUAAACGCGAGCUCGGUGGCGGUACAUUGACUUACUCGCAAAAAUGUCGCUUUUUUCUAGGCGCGACCCCGCAUUUCUCUCGGCGCGACCUCGCAUUUUUCUCGGCGCCAUCUCGCAUUUAUCUCGCACUUCGGAAAUUUUCAAAUUGCGAGAGAAAUGCGAGCUCGCGCCUAGAAAAAUGCGAGCUCGCGCCCAGAAAAAUGCGAGACCGGCGCGAGAAAAAAAGCGAGAUGUUUGCGAGCUCGUCAAUGUACCGCCAGUGUCUCGCGUUUAUCUCGGCAGUUAUUCUUAGUGAAUUUAAAACGGCGUGUUAGUAUGUGACUUUGCGUAGAGUGCAUGCACCAAAACAUUUUAUUUUACGAGCAACUGAGCUUAAAUUUUUAAAACUAAAUUUUACUCCGAAAUUUUCCAAAUUUUACUGGAAAUUUUUCAAUUUCUAGCAACCGAAGCGUCGGCGUCAUUUAAAUCCGUGAAAGAGAUCAUUGGAGGCAGAUUGGUGGUGGCAAAUACGCGAGGAGUCACGGAAAUCUCCUUUCCCAACCUCGAAACUAUCAUCAAUGAUGAAGACAGUGAGUUAUAAGUGAGAUUUCGAAGAAAUAAGGAGGAAUUUAGUUGAUAUCAUUGCCCAAUUAUUUCGUUUCGUGUUUUCUGAUUCAUUUUAAAACAAUAAUCCUGAAAAAGAACGGUUUUCAAAAAUAUUUUUUGAUUUAUUUCUAGCUUCCUUUCUUUUUCUUUUCAUUUCCUUUUGAAUUUAGAUUAUGUCGAACCACGAAACUCUUAUUUUUUUAUUUUUCAGACCUCGAUCCUCUGAUUCAAAUUUCCAACAACGAUGAUGCUUCUACAUUUUCGAUGCCAAGUUUACAAAAGGUAAAUCUUAAAUAUUUCUUGAGUCAAAAUAUUCACUUCAUGGAAUCUCUGUCAAGGUUUUUUUAGAUUUUUUUUUAAAUUUUUUUUUUUUCUUUUUCAAUUUUCAACCAGUUUGCGGGUCCAUAAUGACCCGUUUUUCAUUGAAUAUGUAAAUUCGUCGUGCCUACUAUUAUUACCGUUUCAAAGAAGGAAUUUGUAAAAUUAACCACUUUCUGUAGUUAGUUCAGGAGUUUUCGAAAAAAAUAUUCCGUUAACUAAAGGGGGAAAGCGCCAGGUGUCACGCUUAUUCAAGGAUUUAUUUAGUGGUCACUUAAAGGGUUUUUUUUUUCGCUUCUCAAGGGUUUCAGGGGCCAGUUGACAGUUUGUGCUUUUCGGAAGAGCCUUUUGGGGAUCACUUAAGUGAUUUUAGCACCUUACGAGGAUGUCAGGCUUCAGUUGAAAAUUCAAGAUUUUUCGAGAAAUCUUUUAGUGAUCACUCAAGUGAUUUCAGGGCUUUCCUAGAGGCUCCAGUUGACAAUCCAGACUUUUCGGAGAAACCUCUUAGUGACCACUUAACGCAUUUUAGCGCUUUUUGAGAAUGUCAGGCUCCAGUUGACGACUCACAAAUUUCCGAAAAAUCUCUUAGUGACCACCUAAGUGAUUUUUGCGCUUCUUAAGUGCCUUCUCGAAAAGACCCACCAUGCUGAAAAAUCCUCUGAUUUUCCAGCUCGACUGCAAGCAAGCGGAGCCAUGCGUCGUGAUCCUGUCGAACCCCUCACUGUGGAUAUCUGCAGCUGAGGCGGAAAAAAUCGAAAACCUCGCGACAGAUGUCUACACCGUCUACAUCGAGCAUGCCAACCUUGGCAACAUUUUUUUGGGUGCGAAAUGUUUUUCAUACGCUUUCAAAUGUGACCCCAAAAAUGGGCGGAGCUCCGGCGAGCACAUGUGUGCCCCAUUGACAAAGGCCUGUAUAACAAUGGUUUCGGCUUCCUUUCACUCUUUGUCUUCUUUAUUCUGAUUAGAAAGAAGGACUUUCCAAGCUUCCAACCAAUCUGGAUUCAUUGUCCCAAACUUUAGGAAGUUUUUUUUUUCGGAUUUGAAUCGAGGUUUUGAAGUUAUUUUUCAAGAUUUUAGGUUUUUGAGUCACGAAAUGAAUUAUCAUGUAGCUGAAAUUCCAUUGAAUUUUUUUUCAAUGGAGUCCAGCAAAAUAGUUUUUUUAAACUUUUGAAGCCGUUUUUUUCAUUAGUUUUAGUCUUUUUUUCAAUCUUUUUUUCUUCUUUUUUUGAUUUUUUUAAGUGGAUUUAAUGAAAGUAGGAAACAAUCUCUAAAAAAAUAACCUCUAAAAAAAAUGGAAAAAAAGUAAGAAAAAAAUCGUUUUUAAAUUUAAAUAUUUUCUCACGCAAAAAAACUAAUUUAUUAAAUGAUUUUUUUCGAGAGUUUCGGGAGCCACAAUAAGUAAGCAAAGUGAAAGAAGAUGAUAAAAAUGUCGAAAAAAAAGAAAAAUCUAACAAAAACUUUUUUGGAUUUUUUUCAAGUUUCGGAAUCACUAAUUCGACUGUUCCGAAACCCUAAAAAGGCCACGGAAAAUUUCCUUAAAAAGGUCAAAAAUGCGAUUUCAGUGGUUGCCGUCGCGGUGUUCACCGUCCUUUUGGCCGUCCUCAUCGCGCUUUUUUUCAUCACAGCUUCUCGAAAAAUUGCCAAACAUGGAUGUUUAUAAACAUUCUUCCUUUCUCUGUUUUCCCUCUCUGUCGCGAAACUCCUUCAAAUUGCCCAUUAAUGAUUCAUUCGAAUGGAUUUUAUUGAUGUGAACGGAAUUUUUACACUUUAGAGGGUUCAGUACAAUUUUACGAUGUUUUGAGACUUUUCGAUAGUUUUUAUUUCUUUUUUCAGACUGAGCUUCGAAAAAACGGACUUUAGCAUGUCCUGAAGUUGUAAAAUUUCGUUAAAAAAAUAUUUUUGUUUAUUUCAUUAAUUCCAAAAGUGAUUUUCUGCUUGGAAAAUCAUCGAAAAGUGAUUUUCCGCUUGAAAAAUCAUCGCUGCUCGGAAAAUCAUCGAAAAAUGGAUUUUUAUAAACUUUCCACAUAUGGAAUGGCUCAAAAUGCGGCGGUUUCUUCAUAGCCGUUUUUAUGACUCAUUGCGCAAGUCGUUUUGAGUCGGCCGCACUUUGAAAAAUAUGUUUUAACAGCCACGUACUGUUAAUUCAGAGUAAAAUGAACAAUUUCAAAUCUUCCUCAAAAAAAUUUUAUAAUUCCAUUAUUUUUUUGCGAAAUUUUUCUCGAGGCUCCCAGUCAAUUUUGAAGGAAAGUUCUUUUAUUUUUUUCCAAUCAAAUGAAAAAAAUAUUCCAUUCUCCCACUCUCGAAUCAUCAUUCCCAUCAAUUUAUUCUCAUGCCCAUUAAUAUUGAUCACGAUUUUUGGCGUAUAUUUUCUCACAAAUCUGUCCGAAAUGCCUCGAAAACGGACGAUAUUGUUGAGAAAUGGCGGAAGGGCCGACGGGGAGCGGAGGAAAAACGUUCAGAAACGCAUUUUCGUCCAUUUCGCCUUUUUUCGUCCCCAGUUUUUUUGAUUUGUUGGAUUUUCCGGUCUUCGGAUGGUUUUUAACAUUUUCUUAUUGUCUGGAUUCCAUUUUUCGCUUUUUCCUCGUCUUUUUUGGCUCAUUUUCUCGUUUUUUGAUGAUAAAUUUGAACCUUUAUUGUUUUUCCACAUCGCUUCAAGACCCUUUUCUCAAAAAUUCCUUUGAUACAUUUUUUAAAGGAACAUUUAAUACAAAAUUCGAUUUGAAAGUCAAAAAAAAAAAUGGAUUUUUCAUAAUUUUUCGGCUCCGAUCGACGGACUUUGUUUCAUUGAUCUGAAAAAUAUCCAAAAAACAUAUUUUUCUCCAAAAGUGACUCAUAAAAUCAAUUAGGAGCCCGAAAAAUCAGAAAAACAGUUUUCUCCGAAAGCUGACUCACUGGGAAAAACUCUAGUGACCUCUUAAAAGGUUCCUUGGAGAUAACACUAAAGUGACCACUAAAACCAUCACUAUUUCGCGUCUUAGCGGCCACUAUAGUAGUUUUCAGUCCUGUAGGAGACAUCUCUCUAUUUUUAGCCACUUAAGAGGCUAUCAUUCCGACUUCUAAAAGGACCAAUAAAACUUCUAAACCCCUCAAGGGGCCACUAGAAAUCAAGAAAAUGUUUUUCAACUCGAUAUUUAUUGCGAAAUCCGUUCCCACGCGAUCGAUCUUUGCAUUUGAAUUGCGAAAGUAGACAGCUUUCAAGUCUUAUUUUUGUUCUUCUUCAAGUUUUUCACUUUGUUCUAAUCGUUUUUCGAGCUUUUCCACACGAAUUUCAGGGAAAAUCAAGCUUAUGACAACCGGAAAAACUCCGUCGGCUACGGAAAUCGGUAUAAAAGCGUCCGAAUCAUAAAGAUAAUAAAAUUUAAGGCCCGAAAACUGAGGCCGUACCGCCCGAAAAAGCUGAAAUGGAGCAAAAAGCCGACGAGAACCAAGGUAGGCUGAAUGGGGCAGUGGCUAAGAUUCCAGCCUUCCGCUGACGGGAUCAAGGGAUCGGUCCCCAUCCAAGUUUUUGUACCUUUUGAAACUUCCAGACCCAAAAACCGAUCUCAAAACAACUGCCGAUGCUGGAAAGGACCAAAAAGUCGACGAGAAUCAAGGUUUGCGUUUUGGCGCAGUGGUUAGGAGCCUUGUCUUUCAUUAAAAGGGUCAUAGGUUCAAUCUCUUGGGAGCUUUAAAAUCAAUUUUUUCAGCUCUUAUCCGAUUCUUAGGCAGAUUAGUUUUUUUUUUUUCAUUUUUUCAAAAUCAUCCGCAUUAUAAAGAUCUGGUCCGAGACCCGAAACUCGACGUUGAAAAAACUGAGAAGCUCACAUGGAAAAAGGGAAAAACAGCGAAGGUAGGCCUUUUGGAGCAGUGGCUAAGGCUCUGGCUUACAACUAAAAAGGUCAAAGGAUCGAACCCUAAAGGGAUUUUUGCAGUGUUUGCAAAAGAAAAGAUUAAUUUCAACCAUCCGUACUUUGAAGACCAAGUUUUAGACCCGAAAACUGACCCCCGGACAACCGACAACGUUAUUGACGAAUCUGAGAUGGAAAAGCUGAACGGAAACGAAGGUAAGCCUUCUGGUGCAGUGGCUAAAACGAUCGCUUUUCGUUCUAAAGGUCUAGAGAUCGAUCCCGGCAAAGCAUUUGUGGGAAAACAUUUUUUUUUUUGCGGGUUUUCAACUAUUUUCUUGAAGCAAAUCGCCUCUUUUGUUUCAUUUCAACCGUCCGAACUUUAAAGAUACGUUUUCAGACUUGAAAACCGACCCUGUGACUGCCGGAAAGAUGACUGCUGACGAUGACAUGGAGCAAAAAGUGAACGAGAACAUUGGUAUGCUCUCUGGCACAGUGGCUAACUAUCUAGCUCUUCGCUGGAAAGGUCAAGGGUUCGAGCCCCAUCAACGUUUUUGCAGCCUUCGAAGAGAUCGACGUCAACCAUUCGCUUCUCCGCCUGACCUCUUUCGACGUGAAAAGCCCCCUCGCCUUGAGUAGCACCACGAUUACUGAAGUAAUUCAAAAAAUCAAUAUUUCGUAAAUUUUUGGUUAAGCCGACCGACGAAUCCUUGCGCCAAUGGGUCCCUCUGGAAGUCCUGCCCGACGAUCAAAAUACGGCUUUGUUGGCUCAACUCGCUGUGGGUUUUGAUAAAAUGGCUGUUGGGACCUGAAUAAUCCUAAUCUCCUUGAACCUGAAAAUUAAGUAUUUUUCACAGUUUUAGACGAAGACUCAUGAAAAUAAGAUUUUUUAUGGGUUUAGGAAAUUAUUGGAGGAGCCUUACCUGUCGAGAAACAAGUGAAUUUUCAAAAAUAAGGUUUUUAUGAAUUUCAAAGACCAAAAUGCUCUAGAAAAUUUGAAAAAAGUUAAAAUAAGUAUAUUCGAACUCUCGGGACGAAAAAAAAGUCUCAAAGUUAUAAAAAGGUUUUUUAAAAAUUGCUUCCGUUUCAAGGAGCAAGUUUCUUGAUUUUUGAAAACUGCUGCUUCUAGAGCCUCGAAAGCAUCAGAAUUCAAGUCCAAAAAAGCCAACAUGAUUUUUUUUUUUGAGCUUCUGAGCUCUCUUGAAUAAAAAUCAGUUUCAGACCUGCCGCCACAAUUUCAAGGACAAUGGACAGAAGUUGAAGAAGUCGACGUCUGUGGACUGGUCCGAGAAAUUGUGUCUUCCUGAGGUGAGCUGGAACGUUCGAAAAUCACUUUUGAAGAGUCCGAUUCGCUUAAUUGAAUGUUGAAGUUCGGUUUUCAAAACUUAAGAGCCACCGACUCAAUACGACUUGCGCUCUAGGGCGUCGAAAAGCAUUAGAAAAUGGUUCUAGAUAGUUUUUCGAUACUUUGAAACUAUUCCAAGUUUCUCAAAAAUUCUGGGGUUUCUUAGGAACGCCGGAGUGGUUCCUAUAGGGAUUAGGGACAACAUAAAGCUCCCUAUAUAAAUAAAAUUAAGGUGGACCCUGUAGGGGCUCAUGGUCUGACCCCUGAGCCCCUCAAGUGGUCCCUAUAGAAGUUUUAAAAAUUGGCGUAGUUAAUCCACUGUUAAUAUUCUUUUGUGGGGAACUUUCAAGGACCUUCAAGGUCGCCCCUAUAGGGAUCCCUUCGGCGUUUCUAAGCUCUCUGAGGUUCCUCGCUUUUUCAUGUGACCACUUGAGUUUUCAUGACGAUUUAAUGGUGGUAUGAAAAAAAGACCAGCGAAAAUUCAAACGGCGACUUUUUCGAUUUUUUCAUAUCGCUAGAGAACUUUCCGACGGCCACUUUUCCGACGGAUCCCUUUCCGACUUUUUUCCCUUAUCUUUUUUCGGUUUUUAAAACAUCUAUUAACAUUUUUUUUCCUAUUUCUUUGUGUUUUAAUCAUCAACCAACUACCUACUUUAUGUAGGAAUAUUUAUAACGAAGAUUUUAUCGAGAAAAAAAAUCGGAAAAAGAUUCGUCGGAAAAGUGGCCGUCGGAAAGUUCCCUAGCGAUACGAAAAAAUCGGAAAAGUCGUCGUUUGAAUUUUCGCUGGUGUUUUUUUCAUACCACCGAUUUAAUGUAUUUUUCAAGCUUUUUUUGAGCUUAUUCCACUUCAUUUUGAUCAGAAAAUGAUGAAAAAUCAACGAUGAGAAAAUUUCAGAAAAAGAAAAAAUCGAUCAAAAGGUACACUUCGCAACACGCUUCCGUGAACAAAACUGACGCUGAAAUCGAUCUUUGGCAUCGGGUUUUUUGGAGAAUUUUUUGAAAAAUAUCGAUUUUUCAGACUUUCAACGAACUCCACAAGAACCGGACCAACGCUGAGAACAAACGAAUGGUCGGUUUUUUAUUUGGGGGUCUAAGAAAAAUGGAUAAAAAAGGUUACGGUAGUAGGGUUGGACGCAAUUUUCGCAAUUUAGUUUUUUAAAAAGCUUCCGAAAUAGUUAAAUAUCAGCUUAUUUCCCUACUUCUUUGUUUCUGUAAGGUCUUGGACGCACUUGGAAAGGUUGAAUGCGGCGCGGUCGCGUCGCGGCUCGAGAUUCUCUUGCUCUCGCGCGCGAACCGUUUCGGGUCGAGCGCAAUUGUUCAACGUUGAUUCAUUCUACCUACGACCGUUUUUAAAUUAGGGUCUUGAAACGAUACGUGAUUAUAAAAAUUUAUUUAGGGAAUUAUGGUAAAAAAAAAAUAUUUUUUGAGUAAAGUUCAUGAUUCAAAAAAAUUCAUCUUAUGGGUUUAAAUAUAAUUUUAUCAAAAUUCUUGAAAAAUCUCUGAAAUAUUAAUCAAAACUCGGAUGAAAAAACGGGAAUCUUCAUUUUUCAGGGCAAAAUUCUGAAGGAUGAGCCGGUUUGGAGCGAGCCCGAGAGCUCAUCUCCGACCGAUAAGUUGGCCCCGGUCCAAAUGACCGUCACGUCGACCCACUCAGCUCCUGAUCCACAGGAGCUGGAGGAGCUCAGAGAUCAAAUGACCGAGUUGAAACCGGUUAGAAAGGUAAAUUGGGGAAUCGAUAGAGUUUUGAUGAGAAAUUCAAAUUAUGUUUCCAACUUCAAAGCAAAAACUAUCAAUUUGAAGCUCAAAUUGAUAGUUUCACAGAGAUUUUUUCAUUUUUGAAGCAUUUCGCGACGUUAUCAAAACAUGAUAACGGGACAAAAACACAAAAUUUGCACACUUGAACCUUGAAAGUGCACCGAAAAUGAAUUUUUAAAUAUUUUGAGCCAUCUUCUGAGCAUUUUUGUGAAUUGUCAACAAAGUUUGUAUUGGAAAACAGAAUCGAAAUGCAAGAAUUUUUUAAAGGAGUUUGUAUUAGCUUCGAAAAAAGAGUUUUUCUUUAGUUAUUAGACAUUUUAAGACAUUUUUUGACAUCUUGUGACAUUUUGAGGACAUUUUGAGACAUUUUAAGACAUUUUGUGACAUUCUCAGUUAUUUAGAGACAUUUUCAAUCAUUUUGAAUCAUUUUAAGACAUUUCGAGGCAUUUUGUGACAUUUUGAGGACAUUUUGAGACAUUUCGAGACAUUUCGAGACUCUUUGAGGCAUUUUGAGGCAUUUUUAGACAUUUUGAGACAUUUCGAGAUAUUUUUAAUCAUUUUAAAUAAUUUUAAAACAUUUUGAGGCGUUUUGUGACAUUUUGAGGACAUUUCGAGACAUUUAGAGACAUUUCGAGACUCUUUGAGACAUUUUGAGGCAUUUUGAACCAUUUUGAGACAUUUUAAGACAUUUCGAGACAUUUCGAGACUCUUUGAGGCAUUUUGAGGCAUUUUUAGACAUUUUGAGACAUUUCGAGAUAUUUUUAAUCAUUUUAAAUAAUUUUAAAACAUUUUGAGGCGUUUUGUGACAUUUUGAGGACAUUUCGAGACAUUUAGAGACAUUUCGAGACUCUUUGAGACAUUUUGAGGCAUUUUGAACCAUUUUGAGACAUUUUAAGACAUUUCGAGACAUUUUAAGACAAUAUGAGACAUUUUGAGGCAUUUCGAGGCCUUUUGUGACAUUUAGAGGCAUUUAGAGACAUCUUGGGACAUUUUAGGACGUUUUAGGACAUUUUGAGACAUUUUGAGGCAUUUUGAGACAUUUUGAGGCAUUUUGGGGCAUUUUGAGAUGUCUUAUUUUCUGAUUUUACUCAUUUUAGGAAUUCAAAAAGAAGUUUCUAUUGAGGUAUCCACGAAAAAAUGCAACAAAAUAAAUAACUAUUAUUAUUAAAAUGCCGAAAAUUGCUGAUUUUUUGCUCAAAAUACCUGGGAAACAGUGCUUUUUUCGGGUUUUGAAACAUUUCGAGUCAUUUCUUGAUUCGAAAAAUGAUGAUGAAACAAAAAUUCCAGCUCACCUUUGCCGUUACCGACGCCGCUAACUGGAUUUUUGACGAGGAUGUCCCGAAAAAGGAGCGCUUUCCGGAAGUUUGCUUCGAAAUUUAGAAAAAUAGACUUUUGGGAGAUAUUCCAGAAGAAGAAGCCCGCUAGAGCAAUUAUUCGAUUUUCGAUAUUCACGACGCCAAAAAUGGAAGUUCCGGAUAUUCCGGCGCCGCCGCCUCCAGAUUCGCCGUCGACGUCUCGCAGAAGGAAUUCUUUCGAUCGGUAUAUUUUUUGA